AUGCGCACGUCCUUGUGCCGACCUGCCGGCUGCUCUUCCAUCUGGCUGCUGCGACGCACCGCCCGCUACUCCUCGAGCCUGCGCGUCGUCGCAAUCAACGACGUCUACGAGCUUCACGCGCUGCCUCGGCUCAAGUCGCUGAUCAAUGAGCGCAAGCCGCAAAUCGUCUCGCUGGUGUGGCGGCGGCCGCCGCCCGGCCGAUCGCUGCGUGGCUGCCGCGUCAACCCUCGUGCGCUCGGGUUACAGGCGGGCGACUUUCUCUCUCCCAGCAUCCUCUCCGGCAUGGACCAGGGCUCGAGCAUGAUCGCAACGCUCAACUGCCUCCCGGUGACGCACGCGUGCUUUGGCAACCACGAGGCGGACUUCCAGCUCGAAGACGUCGCCCUGCGCAUCUCCGAGUUCGGCGGCUGUUGGAUCAACAGCAAUGGCUUCAAGCCGCAGCUGCCUCUCUGGGACGUGGUCGAGGUCGGCCCCUACCGGAUCGGGGUGCUCGGUCUGCUCACGAGCGAGCGCGGCAUCUUCCGAAAGGACAAGAUGCGCGGCCUCGCCAUCGAGCCGGUCGGCGCGAUGGCCGAGCGGCUGGCCGCCCUGCUCCGCUCCGAGCACGGGGCCACCCACGUCAUCGCACUGACGCACCAGACGGUCGGCGCAGACGUGGAGCUCGCCAAGAGCGGCUCCGUCGACCUGAUCCUCGGUGGCCAUGACCACGAGGUGAUGGAGGUGCGGCCAGAGGGCGGCGCGCCAAUCAUCAAGUCGGGCUCGGACGCGAAAAUCGCCGCCGUCCUCGACAUCGAGCUCGGGCCGAGCCGAGCGCUGACUGCAAGCGUCGCCUUCGAGCCGGUCGAGGGUUUCGCAGCCGACCCCGAGGUGCAGGCGGAGGUCGACUCUCACCUGGCGGUGAUCCGCGCGCUCGAGAAGGAGCCCAUGUGCUCGCUCAAGGACUCGGAGGUGCUCGAGCGGCAGCAGGCGGCCCUCUCCUCCAAGCGCACGCGAUUCGAGCAGACGACGGCGCCGAGCGAGGAGAACCGCGCCUUCCUGCAGCUGGAUGACUCUGUGGAGGUUCGCAUCGGCGAGGGCGGAGUCAUGGCGGGCGAGAUCCGCAUCGGAGGCAAGCCGCUCGAGCCAUCGGCGAGCUACUCGGUGGCGCUGCCGCGGAACCUGAUGAAAGGCGCCUUCAAGAUCCUGCCGCUGUUGCACGCCGAGGAGCUGCCCGACGAGGACAACUUUCUGCCCGCGCUGAACGUGGUCGUCAUGCACCAGGCGAAGCGGAUGUGGAGGCGGCUGGGCUCGUUCGAGGCGCUCGACCUCGACGGCGAGACGGCGGCAUCUCGAAGGGCGAGAUCUGUACUGCGGACUCUCGACCUCGACGAGUCGGGGUGCAUCUCGCGCGACGAGUUUGCGACGAUCGACCAGUCGCCCAUGCCAGGCGGCUAG